AUGACCGUUAUCGAGAUCACGGAACCGGGCGGGCCCGAGGUCUUGCGCCCGGCGCAGCGGCCGGUGCCCGAGCCCGGCUUGGGCGAGGUGCUGAUCGAGGUGACGGCGGCCGGCGUCAACCGGCCGGAUACGAUGCAACGCCAGGGCCUCUAUCCGCCCCCGCCCGGCGCCUCGGACAUUCCGGGACUCGAGGUCUCGGGCCACGUGGUGGCAAACGGCCCCGGCGCGCACCGCUACGAGGCUGGUGCUGCGGUCUGCGCGCUGACCAACGGCGGCGGCUAUGCCGACUAUUGCGUCGCCCCGGAGACUCAGACGCUUCCAGUGCCGGCGGCGCUCUCGAUUGCCGAUGCCGCCGGCCUGCCCGAGACCUGCUUCACGGUAUGGACCAAUCUCUUCGAGCGCGCCCGGCUUCGCGCCGGCGAGCGGCUGCUCGUCCACGGCGGCAGCAGCGGCAUAGGCACGACUGCGAUCCAGAUCGCCUCCGCGCUCGGCGUUCGCGUCUUCGCGACCGCCGGAUCGCCGGAAAAAUGCGCUGCGUGCGAGCGGCUCGGAGCCGAGCGGGCGAUCGACUACCGGAGCGAGGAUUUUGUCAGCGUGGCGAAGGAGUUGACCGGGGGCGAGGGCGUCGAUGUCGUGCUCGACAUGGUGGGCGGCAGCUACGUGCAACGCAACCUCGCGACGCUCCGGCCCGAGGGCAGAUUGGCCCAGAUUGCCUUUCUCGAAGGGUCGAAAUGCCAGAUCGACCUCAAUUCUCUGAUGCGCAAGCGACUUUCCAUCGUCGGGUCGACGCUCAGGCCCCAGAGCGUGGAGAGCAAGGCCCGCAUCGCGGCGUCGCUCGAGCAGAAUGUCUGGCCGCUCGUCGAAUCGGGGCUGGUCCGGCCGGUGAUCGACUGCCGGCUCCCGCUCGAACAGGCGGCGGCGGCUCACGCGCGAAUGGAGGACGGGCAGCACAUCGGAAAGAUCCUGCUGGAGCGCAACUCGCGGUAA